UCAGAGGAUCUUUAGAGUUGUGAAAUCUUCAGCGUUGCUUCACUCCUCUCUCCUGUGCACGUGACUUCGCUGUGAUCGCGCGCUCUCGGUCCCGCCGCUAUUUAAAGGGUACUGAUGUCCCGCCGAUUAGUCGCGCGCGAGUCCGGUGAGUGGGAGAUCAUGAUGAACAUGAUGAAGAUGAAGGACGGGGCAGGGGAGAAGAGCAGCACUGCGGUGGUCACCAAGAAGAGAGGAUACGACAUCACCCGUAACCCCUACCUUAACAAGGGCAUGGCCUUCUCUCUGGAGGAACGUCUGCAGCUGGGGAUCCAUGGCCUGCUGCCUCCAUGCUUUCUCAGCCAGGACGUCCAGCUCCUCCGAGUCCUCCGCAACUACGAACUCAAACAAAACGACCUGGACAGAUACAUCCUGUUGAUGGGGCUUCAGGAUCGUAAUGAGAAGUUGUUUUAUCGUGUGUUGAUGUCUGAUAUUGAGCGCUUUAUGCCCAUUGUGUACACGCCAACUGUGGGCGCGGCCUGCCAGCAGUACGGCCUGACCUUCAGGAGACCCAGGGGUUUGUUCAUCACUAUCCAUGAUCGAGGACACAUUGCCACUCUUCUACAGAGUUGGCCUGAGACAGAUGUUUGGGCAGUGGUAGUGACAGAUGGUGAGAGGAUUUUGGGACUGGGAGAUUUAGGAUGUUAUGGAAUGGGAAUUCCAGUGGGAAAACUGGCUCUGUAUACAGCAUGUGGAGGAAUUCCACCUCAGAAGUGUCUCCCAAUAAUGCUAGGUGGAACGGAUAACCAGGAGCUGCUGAAGGAUCCUCUGUACAUUGGCCUGAGACACAAGCGAGUUCGAGGCGAGGCGUAUGAUGAGCUGCUGGAUGAGUUUAUGAAGGCUGUAACUGACAGGUACGGGAUGAAGUGUCUGAUCCAGUUUGAGGAUUUCGCCAAUGUUAACGCUUUCCGUCUUCUGCACAAAUACCGCAAACAAUAUCUCACCUUUAAUGAUGACAUACAAGGUACAGCAGCAGUAGCAGUAGCUGGACUUCUUGCUGCACUGCGCAUCACUAAGAGCAGGAUGUCGGAUCAUACCAUUGUGUUCCAGGGUGCGGGGGAGGCUGCCAUGGGCAUUGCGGAGCUCAUCAUCAUGGCCAUGGAGAAGGAAGGGCUUCCACAUGACGAGUGUGUAAAGAAGAUCUGGAUGGUCGACUCAAAGGGUCUCAUUGUUAAAGGUCGAGAUCAUUUGACUCCAGAGAAGCAGAGGUUUGCUCAUGAACACAGUGAGGUGAAGAGUUUAGAGGAGGUGGUCAAGGAGCUGAAACCCAGUGCUUUAAUCGGUGUAGCAGCAAUAGCAGGAGCAUUUACAGAGCGAAUCCUUAUAGACAUGGCUGCCUUCAACCACAGACCCGUCAUCUUCGCCCUGAGUAACCCCACCUGCAAAGCUGAGUGUACAGCCGAGCAGUGUUACACACUCACACAGGGCCGGGGUAUAUUCGCCAGUGGAAGCCCGUUUGACCCUGUGACCCUGGCAGAUGGGCGGAGCUUUUUCCCUGGUCAGGGUAAUAAUGCGUAUGUGUUCCCAGGUGUGGCUCUCGGAGUGAUAGCGUGCAGCAUGUCUCACAUCCCUGAGCAAAUAUUCCUCAUCACUGCUGAGACGAUUGCUGAGCUGGUGAUGGAGAAGGACCUCUCUGAAGGGAGACUGUAUCCUCCUCUCACCUGUAUCCAGGACGUCUCCUUCAAAAUAGCAGUGAAGAUUGUAGAGUACGCUUACAGACACCAGAUGGCGAUGUUGUACCCAGAGCCGGUUGAUAAAGAGGCGUUAGUGCGCGCGCUCGUCUACAGCACCGACUAUGACGACUUCACCAUGGACUCAUACUGCUGGCCAGAGGAGGCCAUGAACAUCCAGACUUGCAAACUCUGAUCACUCCACACACACACACAGACAUAGAUAUACAUAAACACAUAUACAAACACAUAUACUCACACACACACACACACACACACACACACACACACGCACACAUAGAUAUAC